GUCAAGAGGUUUGUUAUCUCGACUUUACCGUGCAAGCACAACUCUUGCUCCAAGUGCACUAGCAUACGGCCACCAGCUAGGCCGCACUCGUUGCCACCUGGGGCCGUAUUUCGGUCACCCUUGCUUCGAAUGCCCUUGUUUCGGUCACCCAUAGUUCUGUCACCAGUGCUCUGUGUUGCCACAAGUCGCAGCAUCGACGCUGCAGCAGAAGCGCAACGGAAUGAGCGCGUCUCGACACCACACCAGUCCCUCGACCGCUCGUUCGUAUGACACCGCAAACAUUUCGCCGAGCGAGCUUCUCUUCUCGCAGGCAUACACCUCCCUUCCUGCCCCGUUUGCGAUGUCUGCGAGCCCGUCGAGUACGGAUCAACAAAGGUCUGGGGAGUGGAGCAGCUCCGAAGUUGCCCAGAUCCUAUUGACGGAGCAGCUUCCUCAGUUUCUGCCGACGGUAAAGUCGAGUGAACAAGGGCAGCAUCAUUUCCAAGCUUCAGAUGAGCCCGCGCGAGACUUCAGUUGGACCCCGAUCUCACACCCCUCAUCUAGCCCUUUGAGCUCAUGGCCAUCGCAAUCAUCACUAGACCUCCAAUUUUCUCCCUCAAAUUCAAGAGCGCUUCGUAAUGCCUCGCAAAACCACGACAGGCCUUCCACCCCUUUCGAGCAGCAUCAAGUGCACCAGAAAACCCUGCAGUUCAGUCAAAACGACGAGUUCCAGUGGGGAGAGGACAAGUCGUGGGAGCAACAGCUUGCGACGAGUCUUUUUGGCGACUUUCUAUCUCCACCAAUCAGUGAAGUGACACCUUCCUCUUCCUCCCUACCGGCUGCUGCACUUUAUGCCAACGUCAAUGUCAACGCCAACACAAUCUACUCGACGCCUCUUGUGUCGCCAGAGGAUCGGCAGCUGACGCAAGCUGGGGCGUACGCUCUCUUUCCGGCCUUUCCCGGACCACCCUCUCCACAGAACCCAUCUCCAUCCGAGAUCUACAACUCUACGGACCGCUCCCUCCAAUCUGGAGCGGGCUCGUCUAUUGAACCGCUCUCAGUGGCUGCAAUCCCUGUCGACCUACCAAAGAGGGUGUCAGCUGCCUGUCGUUUCUGCAAGGCUCGCAAGCUUCGUUGCGACGGAUGCCAUCCGUGUCGGCAGUGUCAGAGGAGGUGUGUCGCAUGCUUCUAUCAGCCCGAAGCGCAAGUCAGACCAAGCCGGCGAAUGACCGACCCUUCAUUUGAAGCUUUCCGAUCCACAACGGCACCUACACUCAGUGAAGGCCAGGGGUCGAAUAAGCAUACCAAUCAAAGGAAGAGGAGCUAUACCUCAGUCGCCGAAGCUAGCCUUGGGUUUCACACCCCUUACAUACCGGCUUCUACCUCGGGCCGUUCAAGGUCUUCAUGCGACUUCACGUCCCACUCAGCAGAUGACAGCAUCGCAGCCUCCUCCGUCUCGGUCAUCGCUGGCGAUAGCGCAGAUGCAUAUCGUCAGGAGAGCAGCAGCAACAGCAGCUUCAAGACCUUUAAAAGGGAGGAUCGAACAUCAUCAGGCUUAAGCAGUGCGAUCGAGAGCAACAACAAGCAAGCUUUCCCUAUCCAUGGUAAUUAUAGAAACAGCGGCAAAGGCGGCAAGAAGAGCAUCUUCAGCACCAUCAGCAUCAGGAGUCGACCGGUCGGAAACCGGAACUUUUCCGAGAUGAGUGCUGCUCAAGAGGUCCGG